UUCGUGUUUUCAAUUCAUUCGUCAGCGUCGCGAAGUAAAUAAAAAUAAAAUUAUUGUUAACUGGAUAACUGCGUUAUAAAUGUGGGAUAGAUAACUUGUAACAGUGAUUUAUUGUUAUGUGAACUUGUUAGCAAACAGCUAAGUGAUAUACAGAUGGAGGCUGAUACAGAUGCCUUAAGGUCCGCAGCCCCUCAGUGGAGCCUGGCCGGGGACAAGCAGUUGUUGGGAGUUUUGCAGAAUAUACACGAGAGAUUAGUAUCAAGAUGUCAAGAGACGAACAGACGCCUCGGGGAGAUGGCGGCCGCACUAGAUGGCGCUAGCAUCGACCUGCAAAAUGUUAACAAUAAAUUUACGGCAUUGAGUAACAGACAGUUUAUAGAAAGCCGAGUGUAUGAUGACGACACAGACUUGGCCGCGCCGGCUGACGCUAAAAAGGAGCCUACAAAAUCAGACGUACCCUCUGAAUUAGAACAAAUCAAGUUUGGUCUCAAAGUCUUGGAAGAUAUGCACGAGCCUCUACUUAUUAUGGACUCCGAUAGCGAGUCCGACUCCGAUGGUGAGACCAGCAGAACGAUAUUAAAACCCAAGGAUUUGUACGAAGAUCGCCCGCUGCCAUACAUCAUCGGGUCUUACGCUUGGCAGUCCAAAUGGCAUGCUGGCCUCCAAGUGGAAGACAGUGACAGUGAGAGUAGUGUGAAGCGCUGGCGACGAGAUGAGGUGUCAGAGUCUGACGCCGAGACCAACAAACCUGACGGGGAUCAAGUAUCAAACAUCAGUUCGGACAUGUCCGAUCGCCAGAUGAACGCAAAUGCGCAUCAAAAUCAGCAUGUAACGUCACAAAAUCAGCAUGUAACUCCAGAAAAUCGGCAUGUAACUCCAGAAAACCAGCAUGUAACAUUAAAUGCCGAGGCGAAGACGCAAGCGCAUGUAGCUAAUGAGCUCGCGAGAAAAUUGAGAGGCGAGUUGCCAGAACCGCAGUCACAAACUGAAGAAUAUGAGCCCCCGCCGAUGACCAAGAAGUUUUAUAGACCCGAGCAGCCCGCUACAAGCAACAUAUUCCCGGACGAGCCGCCUCCACUAGAACAUUCUUAUCGAUCGGACGAUGAUGAUGAUGAUGAUAUAUUUGCCAAGCUUCGUAAAAGUCAACCUUACGCACAUAGCAAUACAGUGCAGAGUAACAUUACCGAAGAGUUGUUCGGAGUGAGACGAGGCGAUAAGGGCGUCGCGCCUCCGGCGCCUGCCAAUCAAAAAUCGACUUUAUUCUCAGACGAAUCGGAACCUGAAUUGUUUGAACAGCCACCGCCUUUACCUAAAGAGGUGAAAUCUUUGGAAACGAAUAACCCUAAGAAACCUGUAGGUGGUAUAUCACUUUUCGGGAACAAAGGUACAGAAAGCAUCGGAGCCGCCAUCUUGAAGAGAAACCAGAGACAAUCGUCUUCAGAAGACGAGGCCAGCGAAGAUACGAGUCCCAAAAAAGAUAUUUUCGACCAUCUAUUUGCUAAAUCUGAAAAAGAGCAAAGAAAAGUCGAGGAAAAAGUUGAGAAGGAACAAAGGGAAGUUGAAAAAGAAACAGUAAAAGUUGGGAAAAAAGUAGAUCUUUUCAGCGAUAAUCUAUUUGACGAUAUCGAUGAUUUAUUUACGUCUAACAUACCAAAAGUACCAAUAAAACCAGCUCCUAAAAAUCAGAAAUCUUUGUUUGAUGAUGAGGACGACUUGUUUUUGGAGGUUUCUGUUGUUAAAAAUAAUAAUAACAGUGUGAAAGAUGCGAAAGAUAAUAAAAAGUCAAUUUUCGAUAGUGACGAUGAACUUUUCCAAGGAAAACCUGAAAAAAUUCCCCAGUCAAAUGAUGAUUCCAAUAAAAAUAAAUCUAAAGAGGAAACUAAAAAAGAAAACAGUAUUAAAAGUGAUGGCAAAAAGAGUAUUUUUGAUAGCGAUGAUGAUUCAUUACCAGAUAAUGCACAAAAAAAUAAACCUAAAAAUCUGUCUGUUAAUGAUAAAAAUACCAACGAAAUAAUAAAAACUAAAAGUAUAUUCGAUGACAGUGAUAAUGACAUAUUUUCUGAAAAUUCUCAAUCAAAAUCAGCAAAAGGUCCAUUUAAUGUAAAUGAAAACAAAAAUGUAGUUAAAACGGAUGAGAAAAAUAAGAGCUUUAAUGAUAUUAAAAGCAAAGAAGAUAGUCCUAUGCCUGUUUUAGACGCCAAAUGUUCACUUUUUGAUGAUGACGAAGAUGAUCUUUUUAAAACUGUAAACAUCGACAAUAAAGCGAAGGAAGUAACAUCAAAAUCUGUAGAGAAAACACAAACUGAUUCAAAUAUUUCAACUAUAAGUAGGCAACAGAUAACUAAAUCUUUGUUCUAUGAUGAACUUGAGAAGAAAAGUAUCAAUAACGAUUCUGAUAAAACUGUCUCUUCUAAAAAAACUUUAUUCGACGAUGACUCAGAAGAUGAUUUAUUUGGCGAAAAACACAAACGAGAUGUCUUUAAAAAUGAAAACUCAAAAGCUGUUGAGAAGUCACCAAAUAUUUUCGAGGAAGAUGACUUGUUUAACGACACGAGUAUGACUAAAGUUGUACCAGUGAGUUCGCGUGAACACGAUUUGAAAUCUGAAAUCAAAGAUGAAAUUUUAGAAGUAAAUAAAGAUGAAAUAAAAAGCGAAAUUGUAGAUGAAGUAAUUACCGAAUUGAAGGAUGAUUCGGAAAUAAACAAAAAUAAACCAGAUAAACUAAGUGAACAUAUAGAUGAAACAUCACAAACGAAUAAAAUUGUUAAAAGUACUAUUUAUGAAGAUGGAGAUCAAUUACAUAUGAAAUUUGAGCCGAAUGUUAAAUCAGUGAAGGAUGUAACAAUUUUUGAAGAUUCAGAUGAUGAACUUUUCAUGAAUUCUGGUAGAAAGGUUGAGAUAGUAAAUGAAAAUACUAAUACUUUGAAAACAGUAAAGCAACUGGAGAAAAAAGAGGCUGAGCCUGGAGUAACGAAAUCAGAUAUACCCCAAGUAAAAAAGAAUGAUAAAAUUGUAGACGAAACCGAAGAAAACCCUAGUAUUAGUAAGGAAAAGGAACUACAACCAGAGAAUAUCGAUAAAUUUAGUGAUAUAUUCAUGGAACCUCCAAAAUUUGAGAAACCAAAAGAGCCAAAGAAAAGCAAAAAUAUUAAUGCGUUGUUUGAUGAUGACUCUGACGAUGAGGCGUUAUUUUUCAAGAAAAAUGAUCCUACGCUUGAUGAAAAACCUGAAUUUGAGCCACCUACAAAUGAAAAUAGGCUAUUUGGCUUAUUCCAAGAUGAACCGCCAGAUCUUGAUAUAGAUUUUGUCCCAAAAACUAAACCUAUAAAUGAGCCAAAUGUUUCACAGAUAUUAAGUUCCCAUGGCUAUAAUGUCAAUAUCCCUAAGAGCGAAAAUGGUAACAUGUGUAAUGAUCAAACAGAUUCUAAUUUACCUCCAAAAACCGAAGAGGUUAAACAAAACGACGAAGAUAUAAAAUCUCUUGAAAAUACUAAUAAAGAUUUACCAAAACAGGAAACAGUAGAUGACUCUAAAGAUCAAGAUAAUAUUGAUAAUGGCGUUAAACCAAUAGGUAAACUAAAGACUAUGAAUUUCAACAUAAAUGUUAAUGCUUUACUACCCGGAGCUAUGCCAAAAAAGAGCAAACAAACAGAACAUGCAGACAGAAACGCGCAAACUAAAAGUAGCGAAGAUAUACACGUAAAGGAUACUCCGGAAUUAGAAUCUAAAAUGGUUAAAUCUAUAAGUUUCGAAGAGAAACAUAAUUCCCAAGUACUAGAUAAUACGUUGUCCAAAGAAAGGGCUAGAAUUCAAGUUAAACGUCGCCCGUCCACUAGAAGAGCUAGGAAAGAAGCUGUAAGAAAGUCUGGAAUUGAUUUUGGUGAUGACUCCACUGAUAAUUCUAGCUCAAUUGAUGAUCAACCGAAAGAAACAAAAAAAGAUCAAACAAAAGUUGAUGAACUCAUAAGAUCUGAUCCUGAAUCUAAAUCAACGGAAAAAGAAGAAGAUUAUGCUAAAGAUGACUUAAAAGUAACAAAGCUAGAAGAUAAAGAUCUAACAAAUGAUAAGAAUAAUGUGAAAACGUUGAACGAAGAACUAUUUAAAGUUGAAAAAGAAGCAGAAUCAAAAAUCAAAGCAAACGCAAGUUUAAAUGAAAAUUUUCAAGAAAGCGAUGAUUUAUUUUUACCAAAACCUGAAGUCACUACUAAAACGGUUUAUAUAUUGAACGAUGAAGAUAUAUUCAGUGAAAAACCAAAAAAAGUAUUAAACAUUGUCGACGAAGAUGUAAGACCAGGAAUAAGUACUUUAGGUAAAGUUUACAAAGAAACAGAAGAUUCUCUCAAGAAAUCACUUUCAGAUAGUGACGAUGAUUUAUUUAGAAACGUUAAACCGAAGUCAAAGACUGAUAAAUCGAAUUCAAAACGCACUGAUAAUAUAAUUAAAUCGCAGAAAAAUGAAUUAGAUGAUAAAAAUGUUGAAUCUGAUACUAAUUUCGAAAAUCCCGAGUUACAAUCCAAAUCUUCAACAAACAAUACCAAUGAUAUCUUCAAAUCACCCAAAAAUGUCAUCGAUAACACACAUAACAAACUUGAUGAUGAAAAUACAAAAAAUAUAUUUAAUAAAAACGAAACGAAAGUAGAUUUGUCUAAACAAAAAACAACAGAAAAACCAAACAUUAGUUUAUUCGAUCUUAGUGACGAUGAUGAAAUGUUCACUAAGAAUGAUGCAGGUGAUGUUUUCAAGAAAUCAGCGAUGAGAGUUGAUGUCAAAGCGCCGUUGUUCUGUGACGAUGAUGAUGAUGACUUGUUCGGAAGCGGCAGUAGGAACAAGGCUGUAGAUAAAUCAUCAUCUGUACCACAAUCAUCACGAGCUAAAGACAUCACCCAAUCAUCAGAACCUGUGUUCGAAGAUCCUUUAUCGUUGCUGGGACGUGAUGAUGACUGAAUUUUAUUUCCCAGUGUUAAUAAAAUCCUACUUAAAAAUAAAGAAAUUCUAUUAUUAAGCCGAAUAGCUGAACGUGGCCAUUCAGUCUUUUAAAGCCUGUUGGCCCUGUCUACCCCGCAAGGGAUAUAGACGUGACCAAUGUAUGUGUAAAAUGGCGAAUUUUGUAAUGUUAAAAUAUGUAUAUAACAAACAUAUUAUCUCGUCCAUAAACCGUUGGGUUGUAGACAGAGCCAACAGUCUCGAAAAGACCGAAAGGCCACGAUUUUAAUGAUAAAAUUAAGAUUCAAAUAGUGACAGGUUGCUAGCCCAUCGCCGACAAGAGAAAUCCCAAGUUUAUAAGCUUAUCCCUUAAUCACCAUUUACGGCAUCCAUGGGAAAGAGAUGGAGUGAUAUAUUUUAUCUAUUGGCGCCCUAAACCACACGGCAUAGGUUAAAAAUAAAAUUUUAAUUUCGAUAAUUGUGGCUACUUCUAUAAAAAUGUUUUUUAAUGUUUAUUUAUAAAAAUUAUCUAAUUUCGUUAAGACUUGCUUCAUACAUUUGCUUAUAUUAUCGAGUAAUUUAACUUAUAUUUUUCGUCUUUAUUUAGAUAAAUGAUGAUUUAUUUAAAAUGAUGGCAACAUUUGCUGCCGUUGAAAAAUGUGGGAAUUCUUUUCACUGGGAAUUCCCACAGCAGCGGAGCCGUGGGUCUAAGCCUAGUCUAUAUACAAAUUAAUUUAAUUAUAAUUAAUUUGUUUUGCUUUUAAGUUUGUAUAUGCAUUUUUAAGUUUAUAUUUUUAAUAUAAUUUUUUCGAAUUAAUAUAGACAUUAAAAAAUAUUCCAUUCUUAAUAUUUCUAAUAAUUAAAUGUUUUGAAUUAAGUCUAAAUAAUUAUAUAGGUAUUAUGUAUUUAGUCAAAAGUUAUUUGUUAUAUUAAUUUUAUAAGCACGUUGAUAAUAAUAACUUAUUACUUAAAAAAAAAUUGCUCAAGCUUUUAAAAUACAUACGCAAAAUGUAAAAAUGUAUAACGCCUUAACAAUUAAACCGAUUUUGAUGAAUUUACUCCGAUUCCAGGAGAACGAGAAGGUAAAUGUACAGUCAGUAACAUUAAUAAAAAUAAGUGUAUAAAGCCGAACAUUUAACAAAAUUUUGAAGUUACAUACAUUAGUUUGAUAACUAACCGAUGCUGUUACGUUGAGGAAAAACAUCGUGACGAAACCUGCACAUUCAGGCAACUGGAUGUGUAACCAUGAUCGAUCCAAUACGGGUUAGGUUCCCAUGCAAAGGUCGCGGAGGUCAGACGGGAGUCGCUUCGUGUGAAAACCUGACUCACCCAAUCCAGGAUCCAUGGUCAAAGGCACACCCCGGGCUCCUCUGCAGUGAGGUGAGGAUGCGACCGGGACUAAAGCCAGGAGGAAGAACAAUGAAAUUUGAAAAAUAAAUUAAGUAUAACAGCUUUUGGUAAUAUCCUUUUUGGUCAAGCUACUUAUUAAUUUCUACGCCUAAGACUCUGUAUACUUUAUUAUGUUUCUGACUGUACCCAAUAAAAAAAAUACGAAUUGAAUUUAUGAUUAUUCAAAUGUAAAAUAGUGUAACGAAAUGUUAUGUAAAGUUAAAAAUUUUGAUGUUAAAUAAUUUUUUGUUUAUCAGAGUUGUGGUUAAA